CUGGCAAUAUUGUCAUGGCUUGAUCCGCAUGACGUGCUGGCUGAGGGAUAUUCUGACAGUAGCGGCGAGUUUCGGUUGGCCGGAGCAACAGAGGAACUCACAGCGAUGGAGCCUGUUUUAGAGAUCUAUACUGACUGCAAUGAUGGAAUCAAGUCCUGGGAAAGUCCUGGUAUGCAUAGUGAAGUUUUCUGGUUAAUCUUGAUUUGA